AUGUCAAUAACUGUUUCAACUUGUUAGCAAAUUUGUGGAUCACCACUCAAUCACAGUACUGCUAAAAACUUAUGGACAUUUUCUAAAUCAGAUAGAUUUGGCAGUCUUGCAAAUCCUGUUAAGUAUUGGAUGUGAAUUUAAAAUUAGUUGUGGGAAGGCUUUCUAUGACUUACCAACUCAGAUUGAUAAGCGAUCGGCUGGAAUAGGCAAAGGAACAAAGUAAAAAGAUUUAAAUAUUUAUAAAGAACUGAUUUUACAAAAGUAGCCUUUACAACUCCAUCUCCAUAAUAAUACAAUAUUACAAGUGAUGUUGAGGUCAAUCAAAAGAAGGGGAAGGGAAAUAAAUUUGGCAUGAGUCGAGAGAAAAUGGCAAGCACAGGAAUUCUAGGAAAUUUAAAUUCAAAGACUCCAGGUAGAUUUACCAUAUAUCAUUCUAGCUCCUGGAACCUAUGAUUUGGGUUCAACCUUGAGCGACGUACGUUACACUAUGAGAUAGAGACCCAAGACCAAUUUUAUGGUUUUAACUGGCAAAGAGAUCCCAGGACCAGGAACUUACGAGUCAUUACCAGCUGUAAAUCCAGUUGGCAAGUAUCCCAUAUCAAAAUACAAUAACUCUUGUGCUACCUUGUUCAAUCCCAAGAAUUCUAAGAGAUUUGUUAAGGAUUUUUGUAAACAUCCAAUAAUUUAUUAGAACAGCCACUAACUUGUAUGCUCCAGGACCAGGAACUUAUCCAGUAGACAAGACAGGAAUUCAAAAGGAUGGGCACUAUUUUAUUUCAAAAUUUCACUCAUCGAAUGUUAGGAGUUUUCCAAAGGAAUCCAGAAGAACAGGAUCAGUUGGCAAAGGUACUAUGAUUAUUAUGAACCUUUGCAUCAGCUGGAACACCAGCCCCAGGCAGUUAUAGGUUGCCAUCCGAAUUCGGGUAUUACGAAUCAAGAAACAAAGCCAAUAGAAGUGCAGGAGACAUGGGAGAAGCCAAACCUUAAUAAUGA